AAUAUCACCACACUCAGUCACAGUGACACUAACACCCACAGUGCCGUUGCUUGCCUCCCUCGAGAUGUCUUCCGAAACGCCAAUCCGAUUCGGAGUUGUGGGUUGUGCCGAUAUAGCCCGGAAAGUCUCGCGAGCCAUCACUCUUGCCCCAAACGCGACACUAUACGCCGUCGGAAGCCGUUCUAUAGACAAGGCCACGGCGUUCGCCAAGGCCAACAACUUCCCUCCUAACGCCAAGAUCUACGGCUCCUACGACGCCGUUUUAGACGAUCCCGAUGUCGAUGCCGUCUAUGUCCCGCUUCCCACCAGCCUCCACAUCAAGUGGGCCGUCCUCGCCGCCCAGAAGAAGAAGCACAUCCUGCUGGAGAAGCCUGUGGCGCUCAACGUGGCGGAGUUUGACAAGAUCACCGAGGCAUGCGAAUCCAAUGGGGUGCAGAUCAUGGACGGUACCAUGUGGAUGCACCACCCCAGGACUGCCAAGAUGUCCGAAUUUCUCUCUGAUGCUAACCGUUUUGGUCAGCUCAGAACGAUACAUACUGUGUUUACUUUGGCUUUUGAUCCUGAAUUUCUCAAGACAGAUAUCCGGGUGAAGCCAGACCUUGAUGCUCAUGGGGCUCUCGGGGAUGCAGGGUGGUACUGUAUCAGGGCAAUUUUGUGGGCCAAUAACUAUGAACUGCCAAAAACUGUUGUUGCUUUGCGUGGCCCUGUACUUAAUGAAGCAGGAGUGAUUUUAUCUUGUGGGGCUUCUCUGCAUUGGGAAGAUGGGAAAGUGGCAACCUUCCACUGCUCCUUCUUAUCAAGUUUGACGAUGGAUAUAACUGCUAUCGGUACAAAGGGAACUCUGCAUGUCGAUGGUUUUGUUAUCCCUCAUCAAGAGAAAGAAGCCGCUUUUUCUGCAGCUUCAGAAAGUUGGUUUGAUGAAUUGGCCAUAAGUUGGGUUCCGCCACCAAGUCAUCACAUUGUUACCACGGAUCUUCCACAGGAAGCCCUCAUGGUAAGAGAGUUUUCUCGUCUGGUAGGCGCUAUUAAAAAUGGUGCAAAACCUGAGAAGAAAUGGCCAACCCUAAGUCGGAAGACACAGAUCGUAAUCGACGCUGUCAAGGCAUCAAUUGCCAAGGGUUUUGAGGCCAUUGAUAUCGCAUAUUAACCGAGGCUCAUCUUAUAUGUCUUUUUCAUCUUAUAUUUGAACUGGGACGUUCUUGUAGUCAGUAACAACUAAUAAGAAUAAGAUGUCAGUAAUAAGAAUAAGAUCCUCAUUGGCACAGAGCCUCAUGAACUUGUCUG